AUGCAACCCACCCUCACCAUACAGCUGCUCGCUCACACCACUGGGCCGUUGACUGUGGCAAUGACUCGCAGUUCGGUACGCUCUGCUGUGGCCGUGCUCGGCCGAAGCGCCCUGGCCUUCACCGAACUUCGGGGACAUCCCGUGGGUCGAAGUAGGUAUACAUCCUCUUCUGAGGUACGUCCUGAAGCUGAUACCAGCUCCUCCGCAUGGCCAGGUAGUAGUAUUAACCAGUCGGAUGUAUCUCCGGACGUGAAAGAGACGGAUAUGGUCGCGUAUUGCAAGGCAGUGGUGUGCGCGUUGCUGCUACUGGCCGUUACACACGGCAAGAAGGGAGCCUCGGAUAUAGCACUGUACUACGUAACACAGAUGCAUGAGGCGGGCAUGGUUGAGUGGUGUGGGGUGGACGAAACGCUACAAACACAAUUGCACGGCAUGUUGAGCAGGGAGGCACCGGAAGCCAGGAAGAGGACUGAGCACGCUUUGAAACAAACGCACCGGCUGACUGAGAUCGAUGUGCUCCGCGAUAUCACCUUCGGAUUUGUGUUCAACCGAUUUUAUCAGCUGGUAGAUACGAUCGACGAGUCCAUCCCCGAGACAGCCAUCGAGAUGUACGGUUGCCAUGACUAUGCACACCCUCUAGCACUGCCCUCACUUCCCCCCGCAAUCACAGCCACAGACACGGGCACAGACACGGACACAGACGCAGACCUCGCAACCAGAGUAUCUGAUACCAACCUCUCCGAAAGCACUGCUUCGCCACACUAUAUGACACUGCAAAAGGCAACAGAACCCCCUGCAACUGGUCCGGCUAAUGCCACCAAAAACUCCGACACCCCGAACAUCGGUGUCUAUGCCGGUGAAAGCGGGCGUGGCAGCGUGGAUGGUGCUGAUACUACGGACAUGUCGAACCGACAGACUAAAAUCACGCCGUGGGAAACUACGCUGUUCUCGCCCCACACGGAUGUACAGGCCUUCGUGAGCAGCGAUAUCUGGGACACCGAGGACAAAAGCUCGAUACCAACGAUGGAUACCAAUGAACGCUCCAUGGUCUUGUGCGCAAGCCUGGUAUGCAAAGCACCGAAUCUGGGCGGACUCGCACGCACCAGUGAGAUCUUUCGCAUGACAGAGAUGGUCAUCGCUUCCAAGGCACUAAUGGCCAAGAGCGAGUUCAAGAAUCUUGCGGUGGCUGCGGACCAAUUGCUGAGCAUUAAUGAGGUCCCGGUCGAGCACCUGUACAAAUACCUCGAAGGCAUGAGACUGAAAGAUUACACACUCAUAGGCUUGGAACAAACUGCGGAGAGUGUAUCACUGGAGGAGUAUGUAUUUCCGCGCAAAGCUGUCGUGUUACUUGGCAGCGAGGGCUUCGGCAUUCCGCCGGCAUAUCUUCACCUGCUUGAUGUUUGUAUAGAGAUCCCACAGUUUGGACUCACACGGAGCUUAAAUGUACACGUGUCUGGUGCCCUAAUCAUGUGGGAACAAGCCAAACAAGCGUUUUUGACAGGCUCAAGUCAUACCGAUCGAUUUAUCCAUAGUCGGCCCACCUGCGGUUCACCAGUUGCUCAUAUUCCAAUCUUAAGUUCGUGGGCAUAAGAAUUAACGUAACGAGGGAAAAAGCG